AUGGGGCCGUCCGCCCUGCUCUCCCUGCCGCCGCAGUGGGUGCGCAAAUACGACACGUUCAUCACCAAGAAUGUCCAUCAGGUAUCACAGAUUGAAUCGGCGCUGCGGUCGCUGACCUAUAUCAUACCUGGCCGCUUCCGCGACGCCGAAAUCGCCUCCGAAACCAUCCACUCGGGCGUCCAGCUCCUCUCCCUCUACCACGACCUCCUCCUCCUCCGCGCCCUCUCCUCGCCGCCGUCACCGCCAUCCUCAUCACAAGCCACCGACAAUGGCAGCAGCAAACAGUCACCACCCCCUCCUCCUCUGCACUCUCCUUCCCUACACAGCAGGUACACCCGCUUCUGGAUGCAAAAGAGCCCGCUCUACCGCCGCCUCGCCGUCAUGCUCCAGGUCGUCGAGUACACGCAGCUGCUGUGUGAGAUGGUCGCCAAGCGCCGGGGCGCCCGCCGCGACGGCGACGAGCGCCUGCGCUGGCGCGUCGUCGUGGUGAUCGAGGCGGUCAAGGCCCUCUGCCGCCUGCUCCUGCUGCGCAUCACGCGGUCGCGCGUGCUCGUCUCGCCGCCCCUGCCGGAGCGCCAGCCCGUGCCGGACGCCGCCGCCGCCGACGCAGAGGAGGAGGACGACGGGGCCGCGCUGGCGGAGCUGAUGGGCGAGGAGGACGGACAGCCCAACGGGCACGCCGCAGCCAACGGCCAUGCCAACGGCUCUGCUGCCGGUGCUGGUGCGAAAGCAGCGGUGUCCAAGGACGGCAGCUGGACCAUGCCCCGCACGGGCAUGACGCUGCCGGGCCUGCCGCACGAGGGCGACAUCAGCAACUACCUACUCUCGCGCGUCCUGACGGCCGACGACAUCAAGCCCGCGCCCAAGCUCGCUAACCGCCUGCGCGGCGCCGCCCUCGCCGCCGAGGUCCUGCACAUCCUCGCCCCGCUCGCCUUCGCCGCCGCCCUGGCGCGCAGCUACGGCAGCCGCGGCGGCGCAACGGCGACCCCGACGCCACGGUACAACGGGUACAGCAGCAGCCCCAUACCGAGCAGCAGCAGCGCGAGGAGCAGCCGGGGCUCGGCACUGGCGGCCUGGGCGCCCUGGCUCGUGGGCGUGGGCUUCGAGAUGGCGGCGCGGCAGCUGCGCGACAGGGGCCUGCGCACGACGGCGCUCGAGAGGGAGGAGUGGUCCAAGAGGGCGUGGGGCAUGGGCUGGUGGGCCAUGAGGGGCGCCGCGUACGAGGGGGUCACCAGGGGCGUCGUCGAGGGCGUGCGGGCCCGGCUGCCGAGCUUCGUGGGCGGGAUACUCGAGGACUACGAGUACCUUUGGGAGAAUUACUAUUUCAGCACGAGUCCCUGA